UAGGAAGGAUGGGAGCGACGGGGGCGAGAGGGGCGAUACCAUGGUCCAAGUGCACGUUAGCCGGUGACGGAUGAACGUAAAGGUGAUCGGGUGCGUAGUCGUGCGGAUAGAUGGCACCAGCAAGACCGCCGCUCGGAAUCAACGGAAGCGACGGGGGCGACAACGGGUGCACCGGAACCGGGACCGGCACCGGAAUCGGCACGGGCACCGGCUGCUUCACCGGAACCGGAUACGGCUGCUGCACGGGCACCGCGAUCGGCUGCCUCACCGGAAUCGGCACGGGGCGCUCCACGGGAAUCGGCACCGCCUGCGUAAUGACGCUGGUGUUGGCCAGUACUACAGCAAUUACCGUUGACAAGAAUUUCAGGCAACGGCACAGUACUUUCGCAGAGGCGAAGAAACAUGGGAAAAGAGGUUUGGACGGCUUGGGAUACGGUCUACAGCAUCAAGAACAUCUUUAUGGUCUACCGACGGUGCCACCACCGCCGAUCUACGAGAUUCCGGCGCCAGAUGCCGGGCAUCCGGUACCGGGACACAUACCGGAACCAUCACCCCCUAUCCUUGGACAUCCAAUCGGAGCAGUGCCUGUUCCUGUACCUGUUCCGCAGCCGGUGCCGCAGCCGAUACCGCACCCGGUACCGCAACCGGUCGCUGUGCCCAUCGUGGUCACCAAGCACGUACCGGUCGCCGUACCCGUGCCGGUUCACGUCGAUCGCGCCGUGCCGGUAGCAGUACCGGUACCUAAACCGUAUCCCGUUCCCGUGGAGAAGAUUGUUCAUGUGGACCGGCCAGUUGCAGUGCCGGUCGAGAAACCGGUGCACAUCCCGGUCGAUCGGCCGGUGCAUGUUCCGGUGCCGGUACCAAGGCCGUAUCCCGUCGCCUUCGAGAAGAUCGUGCACGUGGAGCGACCGUAUCCGGUGCACGUGGCCGUGCCAGUACACGUGCCGAAGCCGUACCCGGUACCGGUCGCCAUACACGCGCACUACAAGUCACACGGUUGGUAACCGGGCACUCCCCGAGCUCCUGUUAGGAAAAUAUUUAGGUUUAGAACACUGAAAAUUAUGCUUUUUUUUAAAUUGUGUACAGAAAGACUAUAACAGGUAAGCUUUUAAAAUUUUAUAUAGAUAUUUAUAUUAAUCUGAUGAUAUAGAUAUGUAUUUUUAUUAUGACAAGAUUUUUACUUUAUUUUUUUAAAUUGAUUAAACAAAAUAUGCCCGUAAAAAUAAUGUGUAAUACAUAUGUUGUUCCUGAUUUUACACUUCUUACUAAUCUAAAAUAAAAAAUAAUAAUAAAAUAAUAAUAAAAAUUGCUUACAAUAUAAAUAUUUUAAUAUGUGUUACAGUAUAAACUCUCUACAGAGAAGAAAAACAAUGAAAAUUUUCAAAAUAGCAACAUAUGAAAAAAAAGAUUAAAAUUUGUUAAAAACGUAACCUGUUCUUUUAUUAACAAAAAAGUUUUAUUUAUAUUUUACAUUAAAAAGCGUUUAAUACAGCGGCAAUAUUGUUUUCACAAGUAUAAUCUUUGUGUUGAUAGAAGUGCGGUUGUUUUAUACUUGUUAUAAAUAAUUAUUUUUGUUUGACUGAUAUGUAGUUUUAUAUUAAAAUUGAUUACUGCGUUAGCGAGUUUUUGUAUGUGUUUUUAAAAUAUAUAAUAAACUCAUUAAGAAAUUUAUUUCUACUUUGAUAAAAUUCUUUUAUUUUCUAUCUUUGUUUAUCGAUAUAAAUUUUAUAUAAAAAUGGAGAAGUCGAAUAAAAAUUUUUCCAAAUCUGCGUUUGGCAGUAACCUUGAUAAUACUAUUAUUGCCACGUAUGAAUGGUGUGAACUUGUUCUAUUAGUAAAUGUCUUUAUCAUGCUUAAUGCAGUAAUAAUAUGUUAUAGAAAAGUAGUUGCAAGGUGAAAAGAAUUUAUUAAUGCAUUUAUAUACCUACAGAAAAAAACUUUAUAAACUUUUUGUCACGUCUUUACUCUUUAACUUUAUGUCACUAACAAUGUAUUAAAUUAAAUUAUACAUUUUAUUACAACAUUAUAGAUUGUAAUUAAUAAUAUUUUACGUAAUACAUGUACACAUUAUGUAUGUGUAGCGUCAAAAUAUCAACAUUGUUUCUAUUUCAGAAAUUUUAUCAAAAUCAGAAUAUAAGAAAGAUAAUUUGUGCGAUAUUAUUAUGUUAAAUUAACAUUAUACACAAUAUAAAUUUAUACUUUUUGCGUGAAAAAAUUUUUUGUUUGAAACAAUGAUUGCACAGAUGAGUAUAUGAAUAGAUUGCUUUACAGAACUUGUCAAAAUCGAAAAAAAAAA